UCUACCCACUGCUCCUCAGUUAUCAGUUAUCAUUGUUCAUAUCUCACAGGUUCUUGUAUAGCAUCAUUUUUUAUGCCUCACUCAGCAAUUUUUUUCCUUGGGUUUUCUUCUCUUGCCAGAUUGGAUCUGUUCUUCAACAACGCUGCCAAGAUGGUUUGCAAGUUGAGAAAAAUCAGGGUUAUCGCUUCCCUGCUGAGUAUCUGUGUAGCUGCUGUGUUUUUGACCUCUUCCUGGAAUUACCUCAGGCUUCAGAAGUCAAGUUAUUGUGGCUGCAACCAGUGUUUAACAGAUGGUGACCCAUGUAUUAGAGAACGUAUUAUUUCAGCUCCCAAGCCCUUUUUGUCAAUAAAGAAUAAAAUCACAGAGGAUAUUUUCAAUUGGUGGAAGCGCUUACAGGGUGAAAAGCGCAACUUCACUUACUACAAUGAAGCAGUGGACACGGUGUUUAAGGUCAUCCCACCCUUUCCAGAUUUUGCAGAGCCCAGCCCUGAUCGUUGCAAGAUUUGUGCUGUGGUGGGGAAUUCUGCUAAUCUGAAGGGAUCACGUUAUGGACCUCUGAUAGAUUUUCAUGAUAUCGUGAUAAGAAUUAACCGUGGCCGUACCAAAGGCUAUGAAGCAGAUGUUGGGACCAAAACAACUUAUCAUAUCAUGUAUCCGGAGAGUGCUACCUAUUUGGAAAACACAACUCGUUUAAUAAUGUUUCCAUUCAAGUCAAGUGAUUUUCUGUGGCUCAUGAAGAAGUUAAAUCCAGGGGAGAAUGGUGCUGUAAACUCAAAGUUGAUUGCUAACAAGAAUCUGGUAGCAAUCCUCAGUCCAGAGUUUAUGAAAUAUGUUCAUGAAGCUUGGCUGGGAAAUAAGGGCUAUUAUCCAUCAACUGGCUUUCUGACUUUUGCUCUCAGCCUGUUCCUUUGUGAUGAGGUCACUGUUUUUGGGUUUGGAGCAGACAGUGAUGGAAACUGGAGCCACUACUUUGAAAGACUUGGAAACAAAAAUUUGAAAACUGGAGCUCAUCCUGGAGGUUAUGAAUAUGAUGUUAUGGUGCAACUAGACAAGAAGAAGAAAAUCCGUUUUUUUAAAGGAUGGUAAAUUUCGUCUUGCUCUUUCUGUCUCAUUAGUGUCCCUAUUUCAUUCAUUAAACAUUGCCUUUAUCAUUUUAUUGUUAAUUGUUAAGUUCGAAUGUAUUCAUGUUUAGGCACUAUCAUUUUAUUGUUUUUGUAUUGAGCAUUUGAGUGUGCUCAUGUGUAGAGGAGUCAUUUUGUGAACUUCUUGCAUUACUGCAGUGUCGUAAUGUGGGAGGCAGCUGUUGGAUACCAAAGCUCCAGUAGGCGUUGGUCUUCCUCAAACAAACUAAAGUCAGUAAAACUAUGGGUUACAAGCUGUGAUGUCAUCUGAUCACAUGACUUCUCAGAUGUUCAGUCAUAGAUUAGGAUGAAGCAAUCUUCAAACUCCUACCUCCACUCCUCGCUGUUUGGUUUGGGAUGGCCUAGUGGGUAGGGAGAGGGUGUAGGGGGGUGGUUUGAAAAAGGACAAUAGUGUUUAGACAUAGUGCGUUAAGGAUAUUUUACAUUUUUCAUCAGGAUGCAUUUAUGUUUGUUCAUCACAAAAUAUUAUAUGAUGUAAAUAUACUCUAUAUUUGUUAUUUCAAUCAAAAAUUAUUCCUCAAAAGCUAUGCGGGUAAUUGUGUUACAGAUGACAAUGGCUCCAUGACAUGUGAGGACUGCUUGUUUCCAGGAAUGUAAUGAGCUUAUUUCUUCAGGUUGUUGUUUUUAUGCAUAUGCAUUACAGUUUACUAAUUUUUUAUCCAUAAUGCAGUGUGUGCAGUGUGAAACUGUUUUAUACAAUUUCAGGUUUCAUGUGUUUUAUUUAUUGUCUUCAAAUAUGCCUGAUCUGGGUAUAUGUGAUCCCUGUACAGUGAAAAAGAAAACUUUUUAAGUUUAACAUUUUAACUUUGUAAUUCGCCGCAGGUUCAUGAAUGUUUAUACUUGUGCAUUUAUUUCUGCUUUCUCUGCCUGACAGAUACGAUAAUAUUGGCUACUUAAUGUCUCGCAAAUAAAUGCCUCAAAACCA